UCAUUACAGUUAAAUAGCUUUUCACGAACAGUAUAUGUCGUGCACAGUAGUUUUUUAACGAACGGCAGUUCUCAGUUCAGUUUGACAAUUUUUUGGUCUACCGAUAGCAAGACGUAAAUUUAGAACGAUGCGCGUGUGUGUAGUCGGCGCUGGUAUUAUCGGAAUCACUUCAGCGAUCGCGGUGAAAGAAGCAUUUCCAUCUGCAGAGGUAACCGUCUUUGGAGAAACUUUUUCGCCAAAUACAACGGGAGAUGGAAGUGCCGGACUUUGGGGGCCUUAUAUUCUUACCAAUACAAAUCCCACGAAGGUUUUACGCUGGGCCGAGACGACGCAUAAAUGGAUGGAAAGUUUUUGGAAAAGCGAAAUAGCACCUGAUGUAGGCGCGUCCUUACUACCGGCAUAUCGAGUCACUUCUGAAACAGACGAUUAUUCAGAUCCAGUGUGGGCUCCAUGUGUUUACGGAUUUACUCAAUUGAGUAGUUCUCAAUUAGACAAGUUGAACGCACGCCGAAAAAAUAAGCCCAAAUACCGCGCUGGUUGGCAUUUCGUAACGUAUACCUUUGAACCAAUUAAGGGUUUACCCUGGUUGAUGGAAAAGUUCAAACGAUUAAACGGCAAAAUUAUCAAAAGAAAGAUCACAGAUUUGAAAGAAUUAAGAAAAGAAGGAUUUGAUAUUGUGAUCAACUGUGCUGGUUUGGGAUGUCGAGAAAUUAAUAAUGAUCAUACAGUCAAUCCAGUGAGGGGCCAAGUCACUCGGAUAAGAGCUCCAUGGCAAUUUGAAACUUUUAUAGAGGAAGAUGACGAUGGAAAUUACGUAAUACCAAAUAUCGACACGGUUAUUAUGGGUGGAACGCAUCAAGAAGGUGAUUUUAAUCUAACGGUCAAUCCUGCUGAUUCAAAGUUUAUCAAAGAAGGCUGUGAACGAUUGUAUCCAUCACUCCAAAAAGGAAAAAUGAUCAAUGAGUGGGUUGGUUUGCGGCCUGCAAGGCAAGAAGUUCGGUUAGAACCGGAAAUUAUACGUGAACCUGGUAAAGAAGACUUUAUGAUCGUUCAUAAUUAUGGACAUGGUGGAAGUGGUAUAACUUUAUGUUGGGGUUGUGCCUUAAAUGUUGUUGAAAUAUUACGUCAAUUACAGAAAGCUAAUAAACCUUCAAAGUUGUAAAUAUAACUGAUAUUCAGGAUACGUGGAUGUUUUUAUUGUAUCGAAACUAAGGAAUACUAAGUAUUUUGAUAUUGGUGUAACUUUGUGUAACGGAAAAAUUAAAUAAAAUUAUUUGCAAUCGAA